AUGGAUAUCGUACUAGAAAUUUGUGACUACUAUCUUUUUGAUAAAGUUUAUGCUGAUGUUUUUCCUAAAGAUGGUCCUGUUCAUGAAUAUUUGAAACCGGCUAUACAAUCAUUUUCUGAAAUAAAUUUCCCAAAAUUGCAAAAUUGGGAUUCAUUUGAUACAAAUUCUACUUUGAUUUCUUCUAAUAAUUUCAAUAUUAGUAAUGUUAACCCAGCAACUAUUCCAGGUUAUUUACUUUCUAAAAUUGCUAGUUAUCAAGAUAAAUCAGAGAUUUAUGGAUUAGCCCCUAAGUUUUUCCCAGCUACUGAAUUCAUUGAUACUUCAUUUUUAUCAAGAUCAAACAUUUUCAGAGAAGUUUUAUCACUUUUCAUUAUCACGACAUUAUUUGGUUGGUUAUUAUAUUUCAUUGUGGCUUAUUUAUCAUAUGUUUUUGUUUUCGAUAAGAAGAUUUUCAACCAUCCAAGAUAUUUGAAAAAUCAAAUGUCUUUGGAAAUCAAACGUGCCACUUCAGCUAUUCCUGUUAUGGUUUUAUUAACUAUUCCAUUUUUCUUAUUGGAAUUGCACGGGUAUUCAUUCCUUUAUGAAGAAAUCAAUGAAUCUACUGGUGGCUAUAAAGCCAUCUUGUGGCAAAUUCCUAAAUUCAUUCUUUUCACUGAUUGCGGUAUUUAUUUCCUCCAUAGAUGGUUACAUUGGCCUUCUGUUUAUAAGGCAUUACAUAAACCCCAUCACAAGUGGAUCGUUUGUACUCCAUUUGCUUCUCAUGCUUUCCAUCCAGUCGAUGGAUUUUUCCAAUCUUUGCCUUAUCAUCUUUAUCCUUUAUUGUUCCCAUUACAUAAAGUGUUGUACUUGUUAUUGUUUACCUUUGUUAACUUCUGGACCGUUAUGAUUCAUGAUGGUAGUUACUGGUCCAAUGACCCAGUUGUUAAUGGUACUGCUUGUCAUACUGUCCAUCACUUGUACUUCAACUACAAUUAUGGUCAAUUCACCACUCUUUGGGAUAGACUUGGUAACUCGUACAGAAGACCAGACGAUUCAUUAUUUGUUAAAGAUCAAAAGAAAGAAGAAGAAAAGAAGAUCUGGAAAGAACAAACUAGACAAAUGGAGGAAAUCAGAGGAGAAGUUGAAGGGAAAGUUGACGACAGAGAAUAUAUUGACCAAUAA